AUGAAGGUCAAGAAGGCCGCUUUAGAUAAAGAGAAGAGACCCAAUAUUGAACAGAGUUUGACCAGCCAUGAGUUUGGCAACAUGCUCGUCACUUAUGCCAGUCUAAACAUCGUCCAGUUUACAUUGAGCUCUGAUCUUUGAUCCUGGAGAAUGAGUUCAAAUACUUGCUGGCUUUGCAAGAUAUUCAGACCAGAAGAAAAUGUGAUCAGUUCUAAGGUGUCUCUGGAGGAAGUGCUAUAGUGGUCCCAUUUUUUUGAAAAUCUGGUAACAAGCAAAUAUGGGCCUAUAAUCUAUAAGACCUACUUGCAGACAGAACACAGUGAUGAAAACAUCGAAUUCUGGCUUGCCUGUGAAUCUUAUAAGAAGACAAAAUCAGAGAGGAAAAGGAUUUCCAUGGCCAGAAAGCUCUUUGUAAGUUACAUCCAACCCCAGGCUCCCAACGAGAUGAACAUUGACAGUCCUGCAAGGAAAUCAAUUAUGAGGAAUAUUCAAGAGUCAACACAGUCCUGCUUUGAUGCAACACAGAGAAUACUCUACAGGCACAUGGAAAGAGAUUCCCACCCAUGAUUUCUUGAAUCACAGUUCUACCAAGAGCUCAAACAGUCUUCAAACUAA